UUUUGUCGCGCAAUGCUGAUGAAAAUACGUGUCAGAGAUUCUCACGUAAAUUUGAUGAAUUCUGUGGAAAAUCCUGUGAAACCCCAGUGGAAAAUACACUAGAUUGAGUGAAAAACAGCUCCUAAACAUGGAUCUCACAUCGGACGACAUGUGUGACGACCUUCUGCCCAACUUCGAUUUGGAUGUGGAUCUGCCCAUGAUUCUGGACGAAGUGGAGUCCACACUGAUGAAGACGGAGCCCCUGGACUUCCCUCUCCUGCCAGAGACACAGCCAUGCGACCAGGGCGGCUUCCAGUGGUCGCCGGAGACGCAACAAUCCUUCCCGGACUUUGAGGACAUUGACAAGCAUCUGCACACGAUAAAUCCCUAUGAUUUCCUCAAUGACGUGAUUGUGGAUCAGGAGAUCAAGAUAGAGACAGAGUCGAAUCCCCGGAACACACCCUCGCCCAGCAGCAGUUCAGGGUUCUCCGACGUGAGCGACAGCGUGACGAAUUCCGUGACAAAUUAUGGAAAUUUAGCACAGAAAGUUCCCGACACGCCGCCCUAUUCGCCCCCUUCGGACUGCACGGAGUCGCCAAUGUCCUCGCCGAAGCCUAUCUACCUGUCGCCCAUGCAGGACAUCAAGAUCGUCCAGGGAACGCUGAUUCCCAUCACUGCCGUGCCGGUUUCGCUGGCGCAAAAGACAUCAAAUCCACCCCUCAAGACCAUCAAGAUCCAGCCGAAGCCCGUGUCGAUCGCCGGCGGCGUUCUUAAGGCAGCCAACAACACGAAGAAGACCAUCGUGCUGUCGCAGGAGGAAUUUGGGGCGCUGAUGCAGAAGGCCAAGACCACAACGGCCUCGGCGCUGCCACAGAAGCCCAUAAUUGUGCCCAAAACCUCCACGAUGAAGCUUCAGCCGACGAAAGUGAUGCCGCAGAUAAAGACAGAACCUGUUUCCGCAGACUACGGGCCCAGCACGGGCAUCUUCGCCCAAAGUGUGGACGAGAAGACGCUGAAGAAGCAGCAGCGCAUGAUAAAGAACCGAGAAUCGGCGUGUCUGUCGCGCAAGAAGAAGAAGGAAUAUGUGACGUCUCUGGAGACGCGACUCAACGAGUUGGCAAAUGAAAACGAGAGGCUGAAGCAUGAGAACCACGAAUUGAGGAAGCGAUUGAGCGCCAAUGAGUGCAUAAAGUGUGCCAGCAACAAAUUCCUCAAGGGAAGCUUCACAACACUGCCACGGAAGAACACAGCGAUUCUUCUCGCGUGUCUAUUUGUGGUGUCACUGAAUUUCCUGCCUAUGACGAAGUAUUUGACGCUGAAUGGGGCGUCGAAGGGCGGAGCGAUUUCCGUGCCGGACACUUCGGCAGGGCGUCGACUUCUGUGGAUGGACGAUGAGCAGACGGAGGUGAAAUUGGAUCCGGACACUUCGCCGUCGCAGCCAAAUCUCUAUCCAAAGUGCCCCACGACGCAGCAUGUGAAUCAGACGGAGAGCAUUCGCAUCGCCAGCGAGCUGAGGCGGUGGAUUGGCGAGCCGGACGACGAGAGGACAACGACGACAAUUGAGGUGGAGAGCAUUCCGGUGGACGACUCGUCGCUGGUGUAUGUGCCGAAGAGGAGCAGGAGUGUGGCGCAGAAGAAGGUGAAGACCAGGAGGAAGUUGCGCGUGGCGGGAAAGGAGGAGACAGCGCUCGAGGGUGGGAAUCAGGUGCAGGUGUUCAAGCCAAAGGAGCAGAGUGUGAAGUAUGCGGAGCUCUUUGAGGAGAUCAGACGGCGAGAUGACACAUUUUACGUCGUCUCUUUCCAUGCUGAUCAUCUGAUGCUGCCCGCGUUGGCGCAUAACAAGACCAGGAGACCCAGAAUGUCUCUCCUGUUGCCCGCUGUUGGCAUCAAUGAUUCCAUCACGACAGACGCAAUGACAAUGAUGCAAAUUGAUUGUGAAGUGGUUGACACGUCGCUGAUAAGAGUGAGGCAUAAAUUAAUUCCCGAGCACUUGCGCACGCCGACUCGAUAUCGCGGCAAUUCAUCGAACAGCAAGAGUCAAGCGAAUCCGUGUGGCAAAGGUGAUUUGCAGCAGAGCAUCGGCGAGCGGGCGCUGCGAAAGCCGUUCUUCAUCGCCGAUCAGGCCGAGAAGAUGACACAAGGCAGUCGCGAGCUGGAGUUCACGUGAGGAUUUGGCGGAAAUGGGUGGCGAAAUAAUGCAAAUGGUGGUGGGAAAUGAGAUGAAAAUUCAGUGAAUUUGAUAUAAUUUUUUCGGCAUUUAGUCAUGAUUCAUUUCAACGCAAAUUCUUCAAAUUGAUUGCUUUACACUGUGUGUAGUAUAAUUUAAUCGGGAAGUGCAAAGUCCGCGAGAGAAACUUGAUACAUAAUUUAUAUAUUCAUAUAAUAUCGAUCACCUUGCAUUAAAGAUUCACGAUCUCUGGCUGAUCAUCUGCAGAUGAUAAUGUUGGAAGGAAACUAUAAUUGCGCAUUGUAAUUGUCAAAUAGACAAGAGAGAAAAACAUGUGGAGAAGAUGAUUGUUUUACUCC